UUUUCCUUUUAAAAGUCUCUUUUUUAUUUCAUUUCUUUUCACCUGUGACCGCUUUUAUCCGAGGGGCGAGCAAUGAACUAUAGCGGGGAAGCUCUCCUCGUUUCAGAGAGAGAGAGAGAGAGAGUGUGUGCCGAGAGGGAGAGCGGAGAGGGAGGAGUGAGUGAGGAAGGAGUGCUGGUUCUUUUUUUGGUUCUUGUUUGAGGUAUUAAACCAGCAUAGGAUGAUGAUUUAAUGCUUACAAUUGUGAGAAAUUUCAAAGAUCUAGUGUGUUAGGGGAUUUUUUCUAAUACUUUCUAUUGUUUAUGGGCGUAGGAGAUUGUACUGAGAGAAAAGCUGCGAUUUUUUGGUGUUUCGGGUUUUGAAAUCUGCAUAGGAGGAGGAUUUCGUUUCCCUUUUAUGAUAAAUAUUAGGGUUUCUGCCUGCGGUGAAGGGGAGUGAGGGCGGCGGACUGGAGAUGAAGAGAUUGUUUUGAAACGUUUGUGAGAAGUAAGCUGGUUGUUUCUGUUUACAACCUGGGGUUUGAAAUUGGGGGAGAAAAGCUUCAGUAUGUGUGAAAUUUCGGCCAUUUAGUCGAAUUAAGAGGAUAUUUCUGUUCUUCAUCCUUAGCUUGCUCGGAUUACGCCGGAGAAAAAGAAAAUUGUUGUUCAAUACGGUAAUUUGGACAGGAAAAAUGAAAGAGAAUAAUUUUCCUUCUGAAGAGGAAGCAAAGGACACUGAGAAGUUCUUGGACUCCCAGUUGUGGCAUGCUUGUGCUGGUGGAAUGGUUCAGAUGCCAUCAGUGAAUUCUAAGGUAUACUAUUUCCCUCAGGGCCAUGCUGAACACGCUCAAACUCCCGUGGAUUUCGGUACUUCUGUGAGAAUUCCUCCUCUGAUUCUUUGCCGUGUGCUCUCCGUCAAAUUCAUGGCCGAUUCUGUCACUGAUGAGGUAUUUGCCAAAAUACAAUUGAUUCCCCUGAAGAGUAACGAGCCGGAUUACAACGAAGAAGAUGAACUCGUUUUAGGCAACAAUGGCUCAGAUUUGCAAGAAAAGCUUGCAUCUUUUGCAAAGACUUUAACUCAAUCUGAUGCCAACAAUGGUGGUGGUUUCUCCGUUCCAAGAUACUGUGCAGAAACUAUUUUCCCAAGACUGGAUUACUCAGCUGACCCACCUGUCCAAACAGUGCUAGCUAAGGACGUUCAUGGCAAAGUUUGGAAAUUCAGGCAUAUCUACAGAGGCACACCUCGCCGCCAUUUGCUCACCACUGGUUGGAGCAACUUUGUCAAUGAGAAGAAGCUUGUGGCGGGUGAUUCGAUUGUGUUCUUGAGGACUGAGAAUGGUGAUCUCUGUGUGGGGAUCAGAAGAGCAAAGAGAGGAAUUGGAGGUGGGCCAGAGAUGUCCACAGGCUGGAAUCCACCUGCAGGAAACUGUAUGUACGGAGGAUUCUCUGUUUUCUUAAGGGAGGAUGAGAGCAAGUUUAAUAGAAGCAAUGGAAAUGGAGGCAGGAUCAGUUCUGGUUCAAGUAUGAGGGGAAGAGGUAAAGUGAAGGCGGAUUCUGUGAUGGAGGCCUCGGCUUCUGCCGCCAGAGGGCAGCCAUUUAAAGUUAUUUACUAUCCUCGAGCGAGCACGCCGGAGUUUUGUGUGAAGGCGUCGGCAGUGAGAGCGGCGAUGAGGAUCCAGUGGUGUUCCGGCAUGCGAUUUAAGAUGGCUUUUGAAACUGAGGAUUCUUCGAGGAUAAGUUGGUUUAUGGGCACUAUAUCUGCUGUUCAUGUUGCUGAUCUUUUGAGGUGGCCUGGAUCACCUUGGAGGCUUCUUCAGGUUUCAUGGGAUGAGCCCGAUCUUUUGCAAAAUGUAAAGCGAGUGAGCCCGUGGUUGGUAGAACUCGUGUCGAACAUGCCCGCCAUCCACCUAGCUCCGCCCUUCUCACCUCCGCGAAAAAAACCUCGACUCCCUCAUCCCGAGUUCUCACUAGAUGUUCCGCUCUCAACCUCACCAUUUACAGAAAACACCCUCAUUCCCAGCAGCAGCCCGUUGUGUUGUCUUCCCGACAACGCCGCCGCCGUUGUUGGCAUACAGGGACCCAGGCAUAGUCAGUAUGGAGCAAAUCUACCAGAACUCCGCUUCGGAAAGUUGCACUCUGGCUUGUUCCAUACUGGAUUUCAUCGGCUCGAUCACUUCGCGCCGUCGCAUCGAAUCUCUACAGGCCUCCUUGUUCCGAAUUCGUCUGUUCGUGAGGACGUGUCCUGCUUGUUAACUAUUGGGAAUGCUUCUCAGAAUGCGAUUAAACCCAAGUUUAUGCUGUUUGGAAAACCCAUAAUCACCGAAGAACAGCUCUCUCUCAGCCCUAACAACUCGAAUUCCGACAAGACGACGAAUUUAUCAUAUGGUUCGGGAUCUUCAAUUCUUCAAAAUGGAACGGGGGAUAAUAAUUCAUCUUCUGAAGGUCCUGUUUGGUAUCGGGAUCGAAAACCGAGUGAACUCGGUCCAUGCAAGUUAUUUAUCGAAUCAGAAGAUGUAGGACAGACGCUCGAUCUUUCCUCCUUUGGUUCGUAUGAGGAGUUGUAUAGAAGAUUAGCUAACAUGUUCGGGCUUGAGAAGGCAGAGUUGAACAGCCGUCUUCUUUAUCGAGAUAUUGCCGGUGUUGUCAAGCACACUGGAGACGAGCCUUUUGCUGAAUUCAUGAAGGCCGCAAGGAGGCUAACAAUAUUCAUGGAUUCCGGCAGCGACAACAUCGGCAAGUUGUAGGAGAAGAAUUCUCUCUUCAAAUAUGCAGAGUUUGGAGGAACAGUUUCUUCAAAGUUUUAGAGAGAGAGAUGAUUAAGAGAUGAUUAGUUAUUUUUAAGCAUUUUUAUGUGUCAUUUUGAACUUGUGGAGGGCUUUGCAUAUGAACCUGUUAUUUCA